CGUCAUUGAAGCAAGUGUGUCCGAGGAAAAAUGGCGGUAGCUCUGCACUGCAAAACAUGGGAAAAAUCGGGGAGAACCGAGUUUCUGAAGCUGUGUAAAAAUUCAGCAGAAAACAAUGGUUUAUGGAGCCAAGGCCCCAAGUCUCUGUCUCGCACCCUGUAUGACCUGUGCUGGCAAGUUAUCAAGGGCCAGUUAAAACCAGAACAGGCCCUUUCUGCAUUAGGUGAAGCAUCGGAUGCACACAAAGGAAUUCCCAGUGUUUUGGCUGAUGUUUAUGGAACUAUUGAUAUUGAAUCAUCCAUAACUGAGGACAAAGCCCAGAGAGAAAGAUUUAUAUCUCUUGUGUCAGCUUGUGAUAUAUUUGUACCAGCUGCUGUGCUGAAGGAAAGACUUGAUCAGGAAUUAUUGGAAAGUUGUGGACUCAUCCCAUCUAAACUACAAUUUCAGCAGAAAUAUGUCAAGACCAAAACAAAGUUAUACUACAAACAACAAAAAUUCAACCUGCUACGUGAGGAGAGUGAAGGAUAUGCCAAGUUAGUCACUGAGCUUAACCAGGAGAUAACAGACAAGACAACUUACACUCAGGUGUUGGAGAAUCUGAAAUCACUUAUUGGUUGCUUUGACUUGGAUCCAAACCGAGUAUUGGACAUCUUGUUGGAAUCUUUUGAGCGUCGUCCAGAACUUGAUGAUUUCUAUGUGCCACUUUUCAAAGAAUAUGUGACAGAGCAAAAAACUCUGUGCCACAUACUUGGCUUUAAAUUUCAUUUCUUCAAGGAGGAGGAGACCCCAGCCAGUCUGUACACAAUAGCAGCUCUGUUACUGCAGAAUGGUCUCAUUGAUUUGGACUCCCUCUACCCCCAUCUGUCGCCCCCUGACACAAAGAUCCGGGAGCACCAUCAAAAGGAUAUAGACGAUGCCAAGGCCUAUGCCAGGAAGCUGAGUGUUGUUAUAUUGUCCGAGCGCUCAGAGGACAAAAAGGAUGAUGACUCUGUCAAAGUUGAUGUGCAUGUGACAAACCAGAAACUUGGACUCAUCGAAGCUCUUCUAGGAUUGGGAGCCUGGGACAAUGCUAAACAGAUCCUGGACCGCUUGCCUGAGUUCUUUGCUACCACAUACAAACCCAUUGCUUUGGCACUGUGUGCUCUGGUGCAUCUAAUGAUGGAUCCCGUUUACAGGACGAACUCUGGACUGCCAAGUAAGAUCAUGAAGAGCAAGGUACCUGAUGGUGGAAGAUUCAGCAGCAAGGUUGCACGAGCACAUACAUUCCGAGACCUCCACCAGAUGGUGCUGCCAAUCAUGAGAUACAUCGGACCAUACACCUGCUGUGACCCCAUUCUCAUGGUCAAAAUAAUCAGACUGGGCAAGAAUUUCAUGGGAAAGAGACAAAGUGGUGGUAUCAGUCCUGAUGACGAGGUGGCUUACUAUGGUUUCCUCAACAUGUUGGAUGAGGUGUUGUUGCCGGGGAUGGUGCUACUACCCUGUAACUGUUGUAUCUCUGAGGAGCUCUGGGGGUUCAUCAAACUCUUCCCAUACAUGCUGAGAUAUCGCUUGUACGGAAACUGGAAGAAUGAUACUUACAGUCAGCAUGCUAAGCUGAUCCGAGCUCGGGCAGAUUGUAUGGAGAGGGCCAAGUACAUUAUGAAGCGUCUAGCAAAGGAGAAUGUGAAGCCUUCUGGGCGUCAGCUGGGAAAACUAAGCCACAGUAACCCAGGAGUGGUGUUUGAAUAUGUAUUGUCCCAGAUCCAGAGAUAUGACAACUUCAUUGGACCUGUUGUGGAUUCUCUCAAAUAUCUCACUUCCCUUUCAUACGACGUCCUGGCUUUUUGCAUCAUUGAAGCUGUGGCAAAUCCAGAGAAGGACCGAAUGAAGUAUGAUGACACCAACAUCUCCUUGUGGUUGCAGAGUUUGGCAAACUUCACUGGGUCUAUCUGUCGAAAGUACAACAUAGAACUGGCAGGGGUGAUGCAGUAUGUGGCCAAUCAACUCAAGGCUGGCAAAAGCUUUGACCUGCUACUCUUGCGUGAGGUUGUCCAGAAGAUGGCAGGCAUUGAAAUUUCUGAGGAAAUAACUGGGGACCAGCUGGAUGCCAUGUCCGGUGGGGAGCUGCUGCGACAAGAGGGUGGCUACUUUUCUCAAGUGAGGAAUACAAAAAAAUCAUCGACUCGCCUGAAAGAUACUCUCCUGGAACAUGACUUGGCACUGUCCCUGUGUCUGUUGAUAGCUCAACACAGAGAUGGGGUUAUAUUUCAUGAAGGUGCUGACACACAUCUCAAACUCAUUGGCAAGCUCUAUGACCAGUGCCAGGACACACUGGUUCAGUUUGGAAGUUUCCUGUCCAUGCAGCUGAGCUCUGAGGAGUUUGUUAAACGUCUGCCAGAUGUUGACACCCUUAUCACAACAUAUCAUAUUCCCCCAGAUGCAGCCUUCUUCCUCUGUAGGCCUGCAUUUACAUAUGCAAUUAAUUCAAAGUUUGAUGAACUCAGGAAAAUUGACAAGAGCAAUAAACACAACUCCAGUCAACAUAAAAUGCAGAGAUAUAUAGAGGCUUCAGAGUUUGUCAAUGGUCCUGUGAUAGAGUUGGUGCGGCCGCUGUACACCCCAAAAGUUUGGGAAGACCUCAGUGCACCUUUCUUUGUGACAUUUUGGUCUCUGCAAAUGUAUGACCUUGCAGUACCCUCCAAUGUGUACGACAAACAGAAUCAGCAGCUCUGUGCACAGAUCAGCGCUAUUGAGGACAACAAAGACAUGCCUCAGAGCAAGAAGAAGAAGGAGAAGGAAAGAUGUAACACACUGAUGGACAAACUGAAGGACGAGGAGAAGAAACAGGGGGAGCAUGUUGCCCGUGUCCACAACAGACUGAAGAACCAGAAGGAGCAGUGGUUCAUCUCAAGAUCAACAAAGAAUGAGACAAUCACCCAGUUCCUGCAGCUGUGUAUAUUUCCGAGGUGCUGUUUCACAGCCAUUGAUGCCUUGUACUGCUCCAAGUUUAUACACAUACUCCACGACUUGAAGACUCCGAACUUUUCAACUCUCAUCUGUUAUGACAGGAUAUUCUGUGAUAUUACCUACACUGUAACAUGUUGUACUGAGAAUGAGGCUCAUCGUUACGGUCGCUUCUUGUGUGCUGCGCUGGACACCAUAAUGAGGUGGCAUAGCAACAAGGGAAUCUAUGAAAAGGAAUGUGCCAGUUACCCUGGGUUUGUGACCGUGUUUCGUAAAGGUACAGACAGUAACAACAAGGCUGAUCAGCUGGACUAUGAAAAUUAUCGCCAUGUGUGCCACAAAUGGCAGUUCAGGAUAACUAAGGCCAUGGUGUCAUGUCUUGAGUCAGGAAAGUUCAUUCAGAUCCGCAAUGCUCUUAUCGUUCUCACAAAGAUCCUGCAGCAUUAUCCACGCAUCACCCAGUUUGGCCAGGCACUGGAGAGACGUGUAGACAGACUGAGACAGGAGGAGAAGGAUAAGCGACCAGACAUAUAUGCCCUCGCCAUGGGGUAUUCAGGUCAGCUUAAAAGCAAAAAGUCCUCCUGGGUCCAGGAAGCAGAAUUCCACUUGAAAGACAAAGAGGUGAAGGUUAAUACAAAGACCACCAGUGCUACAUCCAAACAGAGCGGUGCUCAGGCUGCCAACGGCAUUGCAGAGAAUGGGUCCAAAAAAACAAAUGGGGAGGUGAAAUCUCAGUCUAAGAGAACGGAAAAUGGAGAAGCUUCAAGUUCCAAGUCCAAGGAACCAAAGGAAAGUAAAGAAGUCAAAGAGAAGAGGUCACGAGAGCCCUCGGAGAAAAAAGAAAAAACGGAUGCUAAAUCCAAAAUAUCAUCUGAGAAGUACUCCGGAAAUGUAGAGGAAAGGAGAGAAAUAACUUCAAGCUCUAAGAAAGACAAAGAAAACAGCCAUAAAGACAAGGAAGAGAAAUCCUCCAAAGAUAAAGACAAGUCUCACACAGAAGAAAGGGUGUCCAAGGAUCGUGGUCACAGUAGCAAGGAGGUAAAACACCUCAAGGAGGAGGAUACUGAGUGGGUAGCCAAGGAGGAUCGAGGCCACUCUUCAAAGGAGGAAAAGACAGUGAGGAUUAAGGAGGAGAAGGUACGCAUCAAGGACGAAGCAAGAGAAAGGAAAGUUGAGAUAAAGACAGAAAAACCAAUCAAACGUGAAGACAAACAUGAGAAGGUGAAGCUAAAAAGAAUGUAUGAAACAGAAGCUAGGGAGAGCAGUCGUGAGGUGAGGGAUGCUGGACGGGACUCCGUUAGGGAUACAGGUCGGGACACAGUGAGGGAGUACAGGGAGUCGCCUAAGGAGCGAGAUGGCCAUCGGGAGAGGCGAGGGGAAGAACACCAUGAGAGGGCAUCCAGUGUUGGUUCCAGUGGCAGCCACGGAUCCGCCAUCGUUCGUCGCAGCCCAGACACAUCACCUCAGUACGCAGAUGAACGAGAUGGAAAGCGCCGCCGCCUGGAAACCUCCGCCACACCUUCAAAUUCCAAGGAAAGUGUUCGGAGUGAAUCACGAGAAAGACACAAGCGGAGCCCGUCACAGGAGAGGGAGAAGGAACGAGACAGGGAUAGGAGGGACAGAAAAAGGGAAAAAGAUAUGCAUUAUAAAGUAAAGGACAGCCUUGAUGACCGAGUUGAGGUGGAGACCAAGAGGAGGAAAAGCCUGGAGCCAUCCAGUAGUAAAUCAAGUUCAAAGGUCAAUGGAGAUGCAGAAAGACAUGUCAGCAAAUCUACAGAGAAACAGAAACACGACAAGCUGAUGGCUUCAGCUGUGGUACAGGAGGACGAGGCAUCUCCACAGAGAACAAAAAAGGACAAGGAAAAGUCCAAGAAGAGUGACCGCGGUGACAAAGAAAAGAGUAAAGACAAAUCGUCCAGUUCAAAGAAGAGCAAAAAAUAAUGACAAGUGUUCUUUAUCAACAACAAUAAUGUAAUACUUUGAAGGAGAUUGUCAAGAUAUCCUGAUAAAUUAUUUUGUGACUUUGUUUUAUGUUCAUUGCAUAUGUAUAGAUCAUCAAGAUUGUGUUAUUUCUGACAGUGCUAAGCACAUUAGUGGACGGAAGUUGUUUUUUUAGUUUGAAAGAAGAGAAUAUAUUUUCCUGGAUGGGAAUAUGUGCUGUAUUUGAUGAAUGAGGGUUGUGAAAGGACGGUUUAGUUUGUCUAUUGUUAAGUCUUUCAUUCAAGCCGAGAACUUGUUGAUUUUGUUAGUGAUAGUAUAAGUGAUGCGAGUGUACUACAAGGACGAACAGUUCCGAUACCCGAUAGGCUGUGAGCAACUGUUAGAUGUCUGUCUGAGGAGGACAAGGUCGGUACAAAUGAAAUCAUGGAACAAAAAGGCAAACUUGUUUGAAUAAUUUUAUUAUCAUGAAACUAAAACAAAGUAAAUUAUAUGUACAACAUGAAAAAA